CGCUAAAGUGUUAAACUGUGCAAGAAGUGUUUUAUUUUUACAUUAUUUGCAAUGGUUUGGGUAGCUGCGGGAGAGACAGAGGAACAUAUUCCCACAGCUUCCAAUAAAAGUGAUAUAAGUAACAGUCUAAGAAGCUGCAAGAUGGAAAAUACUUCGCCUAGAGCUACAGGAACAAGAUCAACUUCGCCCAAGACGGGCGCUGGUAAUGCCGCUGGAGAUCUGAGGCCAGCAGUCUUACCUAAUAGCUUGCGUAUCAGUGCCACAAAUGGUAAUCCACCAGCAUUGGUGCGUUUACCAGUGGCACAACCAGCUUAUCUAAAUCCCAAAACUGAGUCCAUAUCCGACGGUGACCUGUCUGAUUUUUCACUCAACGACACUGAAGAGGAUGACGAAGAAUUUCGCAAUUGUGUGCUUUCAAAUGGCAGUCAGGGGGAUGCCUCACGCUCGCACUCCACUUCGCCACGCAACAUGAAUAUACUCCAGCCGCCACGUCAAACCAAUUCUCCACCGAAUAAUAGCAAUAUUUUGAAGAAUGCUCCAAACCUAAGCGGCGGUCCAGUACGUAAGGUCUUUACCAAUACACGCGAACGUUGGCGUCAACAGAAUGUCUCUGGCGCCUUUGCCGAGCUACGCAAGUUGGUCCCCACACAUCCUCCAGACAAGAAGCUCUCCAAGAACGAAAUACUUCGCAUGGCUAUUAAAUAUAUCAAGCUACUCACUGGUGUCCUGGAAUGGCAGAAGCAGCAGGAAGAACUACAACAACAGGAACAAACGUCGAAUUGUCCCGAAUCACAUGCCAGCAAUGAGUUAAACAAUAAUGACAGGCAUAGGUUGAAUGGACAUCAUGAGUCUACGGUACGUGAUAGCGCAUCACCGCUGCGUCAAGUGCAGGUCAAGCAAUUUCAGUUGAAGUGUGAACGCGUCGAUAAUGCGUUGAUGACUAACGCCCAGCGUAAUAAUAGUCUCUUAAUGAUAGCGCCAAACGCCAUGUCUAUACGUCCCAUCAAAAUGGAACAGUUAGAGGUUGUAGAUGCCGCAAAUUCAGCCUCAAGUUCGUCUAAUAGCUGCCAAGCGGUUGGUAUCGCGUUGACAACACGGAAUUCAAUAACGGUUGAACGCGUUAAUGGUUCCAAUGGCGGGCGCUCGAACAAACGAAAGUCGCAUUCAAAGUCUAGCAUUGACCAAAGCAGCGAGAAUCAGAAUAAUAAGAAGCGAAAGGAGAACUAAUGGGUGCUAAGUGUUAAAAGUGUGAAGAUUUGUAAAAGAGCAAACUGUUUGGAAAAU